AGGACGAUGUUGAGGAGCCUCCGCCGGGUUGUGUCCCUGUCUCCACGGGACGGUCUCCCGCUCCCUCUCCCCCUGUCUCCCCGGGCCGGUCUCCCUCUCCCCCUGUCUCCCCGGGCCGCUAUGUCCGUCUCCAUCCAGCUCCAGCCCAGCCCCCGGUGCCUGUUCGAUGAGCCGCUCGAGGUGAGAGUGAGCGGCCUCUCCCCGCUCCAACAGGUCACCCUCAAGGCUUGGCUCCGCGACGACAAGGAGCAGCUUUUCCAUUCGGCCGCUUUCUACACGGCGGACCCCCGCGGGCAGCUCGACCUGGCUCACUCCCCCUCCCUGGGGGGACACUACACCGGCGUCCAGCCCAUGGGCCUCUUCUGGUCGCUCAGCCCCGUCACCCCGUUCACUCGCCUGGUCAAGAGGGACGUCGCCACUUCUCCCCUGUCCGUCCACAUCGAGAUCUUUGAGGGACACUGGAGCCUCGGGCAGCUCCCAGCACAGCCUCUGGCCACCGCCAUCAAUCAGCGCUGGUUCAUGAAGGAAGGGCUGCUCAGGAUCCCAGUCAGAGAAGGCAGGAUCCGAGGGACACUCUUCAUCCCACCCGGUGAUGGUCCAUUUCCAGGGGUCAUUGAUCUGUAUGGGUCAGUUGGUGGGAUGGUUGAACAUCGAGCUAGUCUCUUGGCAAACCAUGGAUUUCUGACACUGGCUUUAGGGUAUUUUGGCUUUGAUGACCUCCCACAGGAUUUUAUGAAUCUUGAUUUGGAAUAUUUCGAAGAAGCUGUGAACUUCUUGAGAAGCCAUCCAAAGGUUAAGGGUCCUGGAGUUGGAGCAAUAGGAAUUUCAAAAGGAGGAGAUCUAGUUCUCUCGAUGACCACGUUUUUGCCACAUGUGAUAGCAGCAGUUAGCAUCGGUGGAUGCAAUGCAAACACGUUGGGAAAUCUGCACUACAAAGGCAUCACUCUUCCAGGUCUCGGUGCUACUUUCGAAAGGAUCAAAUUUCUAGAAUCCAAGCUGGUCGAUAUCUCUGAGGUGACAAAUGAUCCAAUGGAGGAAGAAAACAAGGAUUGUAUUAUCCCAAUAGAAAAGGCUGAGGGCCAUUUUUUGUUUGUGGUUGGAGAAGAUGACAAGAAUUGGAGAACUCCACUCUAUGCUCAGCAGGCUGUUGAAAAACUGAAAGAAAAUGGCAAAGAGAAUUAUGAACUUAUUACUUAUCCUGAGGCUGGCCAUCUCUUGGAGCCCUCAUAUUUUCCAUUUUGCUACGCUUCUUUUCAUCGGUUGGUGGGACAGCCUGUGGUAUGGGGAGGGAAAAAGAAACCACAUGCUCUGGCACAGAUAGAUCUGUGGCCAAGGAUGCAGGCAUUUCUACGAAAACAUCUUGAACAUCAGAGCAAGUUGUGAAGCUGUUCAGUGUUCACAUUCCAGUGUUAGUGAAUAAAUUGCAUUUUCCGGAUUUACUUUAAUCCAAUUAAUUAGUCAUAAAUGAUUUCCUCUUUUUGUUAUAAUUAUAUUUUACUCAGAAUUUAAAUAUGUAAUCUAUUGUUUUGCAAUGCAAAAACUGUAAUUUGCUACUGAAUUCCAAAACUAACUUUUACCUGCUAGUUAUAUUUGAGCAAUUUUAUUGAGGGGUGAAAUCGUUUUUGCAUUCAAUCCAAAAUUUUCUGUAUGAAUGCCAUUUUUCAAGUGCCUUAGGAUAAACUGAAUUUCAGUGUUGGUCCUUGAGUCUUUGAAACUAAAUAUCUGGGAUUGGCAAAUGCCUUUGGAUUUUUAUUACUUUAACAUAAAUUAAUAAAUAUAAAAUCAUAAACUGGAGAAUGCAGAAACAGAAGAUCUUCAGCUGAACAGCAUUCAAUGCAAAAUGUUCACUGUACCAAUAUAUAUUGUCUGAACGGUAUCAGAUGAAUUUUCUCUUCUCUCCCUUU